AUGUCGAGUUUUUUAACACGACGUUUGAUUAAUCGAGGAUUGAUUUUACAAUGUCGAGGAAUAGCAUUAUCAUCAUUGAAAUGUAAUGAUAAAAUAGACGGAACUUCGACAUCACAUAAUACGGCUAAUGUACAACCAAGUAAAAGAACGGCUUUAUAUAAUUUUCAUUUAAAUAAUUCUGGACGCAUAGUUAAUUUUUGUGGUUGGUCAUUACCUGUACAAUAUUCGGCAUCUGUUAUACAAUCUCAUUUAUAUACACGUUCGGAUGCUUCAAUAUUUGAUGUAUCUCAUAUGUUACAAAUACAUGUUAAAGGUACUGAUCGUAUUCGAUUUUUUGAAAAAUUAAUUGUAUCUGAUCUUGAAAAUUUACCUGAAAAUUCUGCAUGUUUAACAUUAUAUACAAAUGAUCAUGGUGGUAUUCUUGAUGAUUUAAUUGUUACUAAAACAAGUGAUGGUUAUUUAUUUGUUGUAUCAAAUGCUGGUCGAGCUACACAAGAUCUUGCUCAUUUACAUACUCAACUUGAAAAAGCUAAACGACAAGGUUUAGAUGUUGAUAUUGAAGUACUUAGUAAUCAAGCAUUACUUGCAUUACAAGGUCCACGUUCAGCUGAAGUACUUCAACCACAUCUUCCAUCAUCAUUAGAUCUUUCAAAAUUUUAUUUUAUGCAAAGUCGUUUAACAAAUUUUGAUAAUGAUCCAACAAUUCCAUGUCGUAUAAAUCGUUCUGGUUAUACUGGUGAAGAUGGUUUUGAAAUAAGUAUAUCAAAUGCAAAUGCUGAACGUGUUCUUAAAUCUUUAUUAUCAUCUGGUAUUGCUCAAAUGGCUGGUCUUGGUCCUCGAGAUUCUCUUCGUCUUGAAGCUGGUCUUUGUUUAUAUGGAAAUGAUAUUGAUGAACAGACAACACCUGUUGAAGCUGAUUUAACAUGGACUAUUGGAAAACGACGAAGACAAUUAGCUGAUUUUCCAGGUGCAAAAAUUAUUUUAGAACAACUUGAAAAAGGUGCAUCAAGAAAACGUGUUGGAAUAAAAUCAUCUGGUUCAUGUCCAAGAAGUGGAGUAGAAAUUCGAAAUAGUCGUGAUGAAAAAAGUCGUAUUAUUGGCAAAGUAACAAGUGGUUGUCCAUCACCAUCACUUAAACUUAUAAAUAUUGGUAUGGCUUAUAUUGAAACUCCAUUAGCUAAAGUUGGCAAUAAAGUCAACAUUAAUAUUCGUAAUCGUACAAUUGAAGCUGAAAUUGUUAAAAUGCCAUUUGUACCAACACGAUAUUAUAAAGCUUCAACAAGCAAAAAGAAAUAA